UAUAGCUGACGUAUUGCCUGGGAAUUGGAAUUGCCUCUCGGUCUCUCUCUCUCUUUCUGAUGCCAUUGUCCCCAGGAAACAGAAAGGGAGCGCAUUAAUAAAAACCCAAGCCCAAAGGCUUCCUUGCUCAUUAACACUGUUCAAAACAACUAGCUGAGCUCCCAGGAAGGAGAACAAAUCCAAAGAUGGAGCAGCUUUCGGAUGAGGAGCAGGAGCAUGCUGCGGAAGAGGACAGUGAUAAAGAGGAUCAGGAUCUGGAUAAGAUGUUCGGGGCGUGGCUGGGGGAGCUGGAUAAACUAACAAAGAGUCUGGACGAUGGCAAGCCAGAGAAACUUCAGAAAGCUCCCCUCAGACAGGAAACCAACCUGGCCAACUUCUCCUACCGCUUCUCCAUGUACAACAUCAACGAGGCCCUUAACCAGGGUGAGGCUGUGGAUCUGGACGCCCUGAUGGCGGACCUGUGCUCCAUAGAGCAGGAGCUGAGCAGCAUCGGGAAGCCCCACGCCGGGCCCUCACGGCUGGGCCUGGGGGGGGAGGGCAGGGUGCGGCAGAGACCGGCAGGCUGGCGGAGCAGCGGCGGGAGCAGCAGCAGCAACAGCAGCACCCGCGCCUCCCCGUCCUCCACCCUGCGAGGGGCCAGCACCUCCCGCACCCUGGCCUCCAACUUCUCCCUGGACGACAUCACCACGCAGCUGCAGCAGGCUUCGGUCAGCAUGGACGAGGCCACGCGCCAGAGCCUGCCCUCCUCCUCCGCCUGCUCCUCUUCCUCAGUGGCUAUCGCAGCCGCCACGCUUCGCCGCCCCGCGCCCUCCUCCCGCCACCGCAGGACGGGCUCGGCCGGCGCCGUUAGCGACCGUGAGCUACGCGCCAUCGGCCUGCCCUGCCGCUCCAGCGUCAACUCCGCCUCCGCCAUCAGCUCCGCCUCCAGCAUCAACUCCGCCUCCAGCAUGGACUCAUUGGACAAGGUGCUGAGGCCGCAGGAGCUGGAGCGAAUCCCAGGGAAGCACGCGGGAGAAGGGCAGGGAAUGCCAAGCUCUGAGCACUCGUAUCUGGACAGGGAAACCUCACAAAUCCUGACAAGCAUUGCGGGGAAGCCAUCUCAUCUGCUGACUAAGGAGGAACAGGCAGCUAAGCUGAAGGCUGAGAAGAUCAGAGUGGCUCUUGAAAAAAUCAAAGAAGCACAAGUCAAAAAGCUGGUGAUACGAGUUCACAUGUCCGACGAGAGCUCCAAGACCAUGAUGGUGGACGAGCGGCAGACGGUCAGGCAGGUGCUGGACUGCAUGCUGGAUAAGUCUCACUGCGGCUACAGCCCCGACUGGUCACUGGUGGAGACGGUCAGCGAGCUACAGAUGGAGCGGAUCUUUGAGGAUCAUGAAAAUCUGGUGGAAAACCUACUGAACUGGACCCGGGACAGUCAGAACAAACUCAUGUUCAUCGAACGCCUCGAGAAGUAUGCCCUCUUCAAGAACCCCCAGAACUACUUUCUGGGGCGGAAGGACACGUGCGAGAUGCCGGACAGGAAUAAGGAAGCUCUACUGGAGGAGUGUUUCUGUGGAAGCUCGGUGAGUGUGCCGGACAUCGAGGGCUCACUCUGGCUGAAGGAUGACGGGAAGAAGUCGUGGAAGAAGCGCUACUUCCUCCUGCGCGCCUCCGGGAUCUACUACGUGCCCAAGGGCAAGGCCAAGGUGAGCCGAGACCUGGCCUGUCUCCUGCAGCUGGACCAUGUGAACGUGUACCACGGUCAGGACUACCGCAGCAAGUACAAGGCCCCCACCGACUACUGCCUGGCCCUCAAGCACCCUCAGAUCCAGAAGAAGUCCCAGUACAUCAAAUACCUGUGCUGCGAUGAUGUCAGAACUCUCCACCAGUGGAUCAACGGAAUACGCGUCGCCAAGCAUGGGAAGCAGCUGUAUAUUAACUACCAGGACGCCAUGAGGCGCACAGAGGCAGCCUACAACUGGUCCGCCCUGUCAGCCUCCAGCAGCUUGCCGGAGUCCCACUUCAACCACUCCAGCCAAUCAGACAGCAGCCUGUCGGACAUCGCCGCCUCUGGCCACGCCCGCUCCCAGAGUGCGGUCAGCUCCAUCUUCUCUGAGGCCUGGAAGAGAGGCACACAGAUAGAGGAGGGCCCUCGGGUGAGAGCGGAGUCUAUCAGGGGGUCGUACACCGCCCAGCUGCCCCUCCAAACCCCCAGCAGCUACUCCUUCAUGCCCUCCCCGCCUCCCCCUCCUCCACCACCCCCUCCUCCUCCCGCUCCUCCCCCUCUCUCCACCCCGGCCCAGCACUCUGCCACCAUGCUGUUUAAGUACAGCACCAUCGCCCGCCUGCACAACGCCUCGCAGUCAGCCAAUCACUUCAAGGGUCCCUCGCUGGCCCAGGCGCAAGCCCCGCCCUCACAGACGGCCAAAGCCCAAUCCAGCGCGCCCGUGGGCUCCAACGUCCCGCCCCCCGCCCCACCGCCUCCCCCCGCCACGAUGCCGGCCCCGGGGUCCGCCAUGGCCGUGCUGAAGCUGGGAGCCACAAGUCCCGCCCCCCCACAGUUCACCCCCCCACCACAGACCCUCCCCCACGUGUCCCCUACACACUCGCAAACCAGCGACCCUGUGCCACCCCCACCCAGCGCUGACCUGCCCCCUGUUCCUCCCCCAUAUGAGAGCGACCUGUCUCCUAGCGAGCUCCAGCAGCUAAUGGCGCAGAAGUUUCCCAAUCUGCCCCAGAACAUUCUGGAUCCAGCCCUGGAUGUUUCCGCUCCUUCCUCCGCCCUGACCCCGUCGCCCCCUCCCCUUCCCUCGCCCCCGCCAGCCCCGGCCCCCCUCAAAAUAUUCUCGUUCAGCCCCACCUCGUACGGCGCCCCCUGUGGAGCCGUCCUGCCUACGUCCCCCGUCUCGCCCCUCCCCCAAGGGCCGGGCCUGUCAGUGAGGAAACAGCACAGUCUGUCCACAGGCCACCCCCCUCACCAGGCCCCGCCAACGCUGCCCAAACAGCACAGCCUGUCCUCCAAAGCCCUGCCUGCCACCGCCGCCCCCUCCCUGGUGAAGCAGAUCGCCAGCCAGUUCCCCGGGCCCAGUAAGGGCCCCCCAGUGGUCAAAACUAAGCCCAAAUGGCAGCCCGGGGGCCAGACACAACCGUCCCCUGAGUUCCCCCCCCCUCCCCCAGAGAGCAGUCUUCCCUCCCCAACGGCCUUCUCUGCCCCCCCCAUAGCCCCCGCCCCUGGUCCCCCCCCGCCACCCCCUCCUCCUCCCCUACCGCAGACCGCCAGCAGCCAAUCGGGGUCGCCCAAGAAGUCGCCCACUUCGUCCUCCGCCGGGGGGAAGAAGCCGCCCCCGGCCCCUCAGAGGAACUCCAGCAUCCGCCGGAGCCUGUCGGGGGAGCAGGACUACAAGAAGGUGGAGAGCCUGGUGAGCAUGUUCGCCACGCCGCCCGCGUCCUCCUGCAGCUCCUCGUCUGGGUCCCCGUCCCGCGAGGCCCCCGGGAGCCAGCCGGCCCGGCCCAAACCGGGGAAGCUCAACCUAUCGGCCCUGCCCCCGGCGCUGCAGCAGGCCCAGUGCGGCUCGGACUUCCCCUCGCCCCCGCCCGAGUUCGAAUACUUCCCCCCUCCCCCGCCUGACUCCGAGCUCCUGCUCCCGCCGCCCCCGCCCGCGGCCCCCCCCAGCGGGGCCCCCAAAGUGGCUGUGGUGACGCCCCAGCCGCAGAUGUCGGCCACCGCGGCCCCGUCCUGGAGCAGGAGUUCAGCCAAAACCCCCCCUCCGGCCCUCCUCCGCCGCAGCACCCCAACCCCGGAGCCCCCGCCCCUGUGCGGCUCCCCGCUGCCCCCCACCUCGCCCAAGGGCAACCUGUCGCUGCAGCCCAACUUCCUGGAGGACCUGAACCGGACUCUGAAGAGGAAGUCUGUCACCAGGCACGGCUCGCUCACGGCCUCCCGUGUGUCCGCCCGGCUGGAUCCGGCCUCCACCGUGGACGACAUGGCCCUGCCCGGCCCGUCCUCCUCCGAGCUCCACGCCCACCCGCAGAAACAGGGCGGCUAUGGCCCCGCCAACAUUUCAGGCUAUGCAACGCUACGAAGGGGGCCCCCCCCAGCCCCACCCAAGAGGGACGAGAGCACCAAACUUACCAAGGAGUGGUAGCGAAGAGGACAGUGAGGAACGCCCCCAAUGGGAUCACUGUUAUCUGUGCGGGGGAAGUGACCUCAUAUUCUAAGUAUGGAGCACAGGAAGUAACAUUAUGUUUGGAGUGUGGAACAGAGGAAGUGACAUCAUGUUCUGAGUGUGGAACAGAGGAAGUGACCUCAUUCUGAGUAUGGAGCACAGGAAGUGACAUCAUAUUCUCAGUGCGGACCAGAGGAAGUGACAUGUUCUCAGUGCAGAGCAGAGGAAGUGACAUCAUGUUCUGAGUGUGGAGCAGGGGAAGUGACCUCAUGUUCUCAAAGCAGAGCAGAGGAAGUGACAUCAUGUUCUGAGUGUGGAGCAAGGGAAGUGACCUCAUGUUCUGAGUGUGAUGGGAAAGGGAAGUGACCUCAUGUUCUGAGCUUUGGGAGGAAGUGACAUCAGUUCUGAGUGUGUGGUUGGGGGGGCGGGGGGAACUUUGAUGGAGGCAUUACAACCCACACAGAAAUGCACGAGAAUAUGAUUCCGCAUAUUUCAGUAUAACUACUCUACUACUAUAAAAAAUCCAACCAAAUCACCUAUCAGCUUUUCUGUGAGUUUGUGCCGCAGUGUAUUAAUUAUAAGCAAUCAACAAAAAAAGAUGAGAAGAAUGACUAUUGCCGCAAUGUAUUGGUACUGCAUGGACUCCUGUAUAAACAUACUGUAACACGAGAUGUCCGUGGAGAAUAAGCUGUAUUGGGGUGUGUGGGAGGUAAGGAGAGUUUUGUUUUUUUAUAUGAAAUAAUUUAAUAUGUUAAUAUAUGGUUUUUAAAACCUAAAGAACGAAGGUUCAGCCUGUACACACAGACAGUGAGGAAGGUGGAGUGGCUAGGUCAUGUGACUGGCUGUGGAGGUAAUGAAGUACGAGUCAAGUUGAAGGCUUCCCAUGUCUGUCAGGCUGGGGCUCUUUCCAAUCGCUCAAGCUCCGCCAUCUUUAUGGAAAUUUCAACCCGUUAAAUGUUCCUGCUAACAUGUUCCUGCUAAGAGCUAGAAGCUAGAAGUUCCCCAAACUGUUCUUGAGCAAGGAAACAUAAGUGCAACCUGAGUAUUCUUGUGGAAUGCGUGACAUAUAAAUGAUCAACCUGCGGAUCCACCCCUCCCCGUCUGCCACGCAUGCGCCACGUCUGUAACCGACGCCCCUUCCAACUGAUGCUUGAAGGAGCGAGGACAUUCAAUUUGCCUAAUUCACGUUAUCACGAUUUCCCUGUCUUCACUUCCUGUUCACGCCUCUUUUCCUUACCUCCUCGAUGGGUGGAGCUAGGAACAAGAAAAUAAGGAGGUGGAAAAAUAAGCCAUUGGAAAGAGCCCACUGUUUCCCGGGUAGUCACUAGAAUGCACAAAGGUGUAAGAUGUCUAUUUUGAUGCAAAGUGGUAUCUUUUGCACCAAAAACAUCAGUGAACAGUGAGCAACUGGACAACUAAAGACAUGAUUCUAACUUGUAUCAGUUCAUUUAUUUCUAAUGGCCUUUUUUUUUUUAUGAAAAAAAAAAAGAUUUAGCACUAAAACAAAAAGAAAAUGAAAAUAAUAUCAUACCUCUUAUAUACUUUUUUUGCUGGGUGCGCAGUGUGGAUCUGACCACAUGUCACUCACACACACACACACACACACACACACACACACACACACACACAAACUUGGAGAGUGAACUUACACCUCAUAUUUAAUGAUCUCUUAGAAGGAAGGUUUUAUGUUUUAUGCCUUCUCUUUUAGUUCAAGGUGCUGCAAAUCAGACCAUUUAAAUGCUGCAGAGGCACAGCCUGGGACCUGUAGCAACAGGUGCACAUCUUGCCCAGAAGAAAGUACACACUCAGCUGCUGAGAAACACAUAUACAGCAUCACACAACUCACAUCCAUAUACACACAUACAGCAUCACACAACACACAUCCAUAUACACACAUACAAUCAGCUCGAGAAUUAUUGGCGCCCGUGAUAAAUAUGCACAAAAAAUACUGUGAACUGAAAAACACUCUUGACAUAUGUAAGUAGUGUGCUUCAUUAAUGAUUUGGCAAACUCCAGACACUUGGUUUUGUUUCUUGUGCUCAGUGAGGGCUUUCUUUGUGCAGCCCUUUGUUGGUAUGGACAUGUGUAUGUCUUAUGGUUCUGUUUGAGACUUUGUGACCCCAAGAUGCAAAUGCAACCAAUAUCUGCAAUUCUUAAACUGUGAUGCUUUGGUUUUUUAUUGCCUCCCUCACUAUCUUCCUCACCAUCUGUGGGGACAACAUGCACUUGCCUCAUCUUCCUGGCAAGUUCCCAACCAUUCCAUGUUUUCCUUUUUUUUUUAUUGUUGCACUUACAGUGCAAAGUGGUAUGUUUUUUUGUACCCAUUACCAGUCUUUUGAUGGUCAAUUUCCACUGGUCUCUGCUGAAUUGACAGUUCUUUGGCUUUUCCCAUGCAUAUGGAUGACAAAGGGAUUUUGCAUGCUUGUUACCUCAUUUUUAUACUCUAGUGAAACAGGAAGUGAUGGAAUAACACACAUGUAGUUCCGUUAGACUGACAUUAACUAAAUUAAGUAAAAUUUUAUGGCCAAUUUAACUUUGUUUAAUUCUAUUUACAAUAAUUGUUAGGGGUACCAAUAAUUUUGGCACCUAUAGUUUUCAGAAAAAAAGAGAUGAAACACAAAAAAACACAGAAUAAUUAGCAUAAAUGUAUUGAAAUAAAAGUAUAUUGGCUUUUUUUUUUAACGUAACAUAUGUUAUGUAUGUAAGUUUGAACAUAACAUAUAUGCUAUUAUCGGUGGUCACUAUAUGCAGCACAUCUUAAUUUUUAUCAAGGGUGCCAAUAAUUCUGAAGCAUCACACGAACACAUCUAUGCAGUAUAUAUACAUGCAUAUAUAGCAUCACAUGAACACAUCUAUAUACACACAUACAGGAUAACACAACCGUAUAUGCACACAUACAACUUCACAAAUACAACGGCUGCACGGUGUUGCAGUGUGUAGCACUUACCUGGCAGCAAGAAGGGUUCAAAGCCUGGGCCUUUCUGUGUGGAGAAUGUUCUCCCCAUGUCCGCUGGGAUUUCCACCAGGUACUCUGCGUUCCUCCCACAGUCCAAUGACACGCAGGUUAGGUUAAUCGGAGAGUCUAAAUUUCCCCUAGGCAUAAGUAUGUGAACACAAACACCUCUAUAUACACACACAUACUCACAAACACCUACAUACACACAUGUAGCAUCACAUAACCACAUGCAAUAUCACAAACACAUCCACAUACAAACAGGGCCACAUAAACACAGCUACACACAGAAUCACACAGACAUCUGCUUACGCACACACAGGACCACAUGCCGAUUUUCAAAUCGGUGGGAUCUUGUAAACAUCUCGUUCAUACCCAGUUCCUUCUUCACUUCCAUUGUGAGGACCGAUGAUUUUGUAUUGGUAGAUUAUUACCCUUUUUAAAACCAAUAUCUAAGUGAAUUAUGUAAAAAAAAUAAAAAAAAUAAAUAGAAAUGUAGCAAAGGAAAUACUGUAUGUAUCCUAGGAAGCCAAAGGGGCUCUUUGAAGUGACAAGCAUCUUGGGAAUAUAUGAAGAAUUGUGAGAAAUAAAAAUAAAAUGUCUCCUGCAUUUAAACCUAUGAUCACAAUAUAGAUGUUGAAAUUAUACUGUGAUGUCCCAGUGCCUCUUGUGUUGCUAGGAAAUGUCUGUUUUUUGUAUUUAUUUUAAAUCCACUGUUUGAAUGAGGAAAACUUUCUUCAUGGUAUAUGAUUUCUGGAACUCUGGUUACACUAUGAAAAAAAUAAUCAUACUCGACCAAUUCCUACCAUACAGUACCCCUGGAUAAGAGCAUCCGAAAAAUGGCUGUAAAGAUUACAUUCUUCAAACUAAAUAUCUAUGCUGCAAUACUGUAGCCUACUGCUGAAUGUGCCAUUGUGCUGCUCACCACUCCAGAGAUUAAAUGGGAGGUGAACACGGACUCUAAAAUUAGGCAGGAAAAGAGGCGUGAACUUCCAUAAGUAGCUAAAAUAAUCAGUGACAACGUUCGGAAUGUUUUGGGAGUCACAUAAGGAAUGGGCAUCGCUGUGUUAUGUAGACCCACUUUCUCUUUCACUGCUGUUGCAAGAACCAUUAUUUUCCCUGUAGAAUUCACUAUGUGCACUUGGACAUGGGCCUCGCUUGGAUCUGGAAUAUUAUUCAUGUGAAUAAAAGGAAAACUUCAACAAA